AUGAAUUCUCUCAUGCCAGACUGCACUUCUAAGUGUCGAUCUCUACAGCAUGCUUUGGAUGUUAUUUCUGUAGUAACCAGAGGAAGUGAAGGCCAGAUCAAGGCCUUUCUCUCUUCUUACUGCUACAAUGCUGCAACUAUAAAGGAUGCCUUUGGUAGAAACGUUCUACAUCUUGCUUCAUCCUGUGGCAAAAAAGGUGUGCUGGACUGGUUGGCUGAGACCAAAGGAGUGGAUCUCUUGGCGAAGGACAAAGAGUCUGGAUGGACAGCUUUGCACAGAAGUAUAUUUUAUGGAUACAUUGAUUGUGUUUUGUCCCUUCUGAAGCAUGGUGUUAGUCUGUACAUUCAGGAUAAAGAAGGCUUAUCAGCCUUGGACCUUGUGAUGAAAGACAGACCAGUCCAUGUGGUGUUCAAGAAAACUGAUCUUACAGAAGUCUACACGUGGGGAAACAAUAUAAAUUUUACGUUGGGUCAUGGAGGUCAACAGAGUAAACAUCAUCCUGAAUUGGUGGACCUCUUUCCUCGUAACAGCGUGUAUAUCAAGCAGGUGGUACUCUGCAAAUUCCACUCAGUGUUCCUUUCCCACAAAGGUCAAAUUUAUACAUGUGGACAUGGACAAGGAGGGCGCCUCGGACAUGGUGAUGAACAAACAUGCCUGGUUCCAAGACUCGUGGAAGGCUUGAGUAGCCACCAGUGCUCCCAGAUAGCAGCAGCUAAAGAUCAUACUGUUGCUUUAACAGAAGAUGGAUGUGUUUACACAUUUGGUCUAAAUACUUUCCAUCAGUUGGGUAUUCUUCCUCCUUCUGCUAAUUGCAGUGUUCCUAGACAGGUUCAGGCAAAAAACCUGAAAGGUAGAAUGGUGAUUGGAGUGGCUGCAGGCAGAUUCCAUACAGUGCUAUGGACUAAGGAAGCAGUGUAUACCAUGGGGCUGAAUGGAGGCCAACUAGGUUAUCUGCUGGAUCCUAAUGGAGAAAAGUGUGUAACUGGACCUCGACAAGUUUCUGCUCUACACCAUAAAGAUAUUUCUGUGUCGCUGGUGUCUGCAAGCGAUGGUGCUACAGUGUGUGUUACUGAAAGAGGGGAUAUUUAUUUACUUGCAGACUAUCAGUGCAAAAAGAUUGCUUCAAAACAGCUGAACCUUAAAAAAGUUUUAGUUAAUGGGGGCUAUUUGGAAUACAAGGUAGACACCCAGAAUCUUAAAGAAAAUGGGGGUCAGAAGAUCUGCAUUUUAGCACUGGAUGAAGCUGGAAGAAUUUUUUGCUGGAAGUCAUCUAAUAAUUCCAUGAAGCAAUGUCGUUGGGUGUACGGCAGACAAGUCUUCAUGUCUGAUGUUGCUUUGAAUAGGAACGAAAUGAUGUUUGUCACGCAGGAUGGUGAAGCCUUUACUGGCAAGUGGCUAGAAGAAGGAAGAAAAAUGCCGGAGAAGAAAGAACUAGUGUCAAGCCUUCCGAAUGCUUCCACUGAAAUGUCUUGUCCACAUGAUACAAACAAUGUGUAUGAAAGAAUUCGACUUCAGAAACUUGCUUUUGUCCACCGAGCUGUUAGUAUUGCCACAGAUCCUAAUGGAUGCAAUUUUGCUGUUUUACAGUCAGACCCUAAAACAAGUCUCUAUGAAAUUCCGAGUGUAUCGCUAUCAAGUUUUGGAGAGGAUUUUGGCAAGCUGUUAGAUGAAACAGAUGAAAUGGACAGCAUCCAUGAUGUGACUCUUCAGAUUGGCACCAGAACUUACGCUGUACACAAAUACAUCUUGGCUGUACGCUCUGACUUCUUCAAGAAGCUGUUUGUUUCCAGUGAUAGUCAGCUAGAAACUCCAGAUGUCUACCGUAAAGAUGAAGAUGCUGUUGGAUGUGAUCUGUAUGUAAUAGAGAAAGUUCAUCCAGAUCUGUUUGCAUACCUUCUGCAAUUCAUAUACACUGAUACUUGUGAUCUUCUGACUCAUGGUUACAAGCCAAAAGUCCUACAUAAAGAAAAAUCAGAAGAAUAUCAAGAUACUUUAAUUUCUAACCUGAACAAAAUGAGUUUUGAUGAAGAUGUUAAUAGGAAGUCUGCAUUUGAAAUUUACAGAAGUAAUCAAGUGCAAGUUCUAAAUGAAAAACAGAAGAACAAAUCUAAAAAAGGCAAAGUUGUAGGUGAAGAAGCUAACCUCAUAAAAAUGUUGCAAAGUGCUGCAAAAAAAUUUGGACUCAGCAAUUUAAGUGGAAGAUUGGAUGGAGUACGGUUAGAAAAUGGAAAAAUUAAUGUUGUCAACAAGAAGAAUGGGAACAAACUGAAGUUUAAUCAGAAAAAAUGUUCAUACCUCUGCGAUGUGACGUUGAAAUCUUCAGAUGGAAAGGAAUUCCCUUGUCAUAAGUGUGUACUUUGUGCAAGACUUGAUUAUUUUCACAGCAUGUUAAGCAGCUCGUGGAUUGAGGCUUCCAGUUGUUCUGCUCUGGAAAUGCCGAUACAUUCUGACAUACUGCAGAUAAUAGUAGAUUACCUGUAUACAGAUGAAGCUCUUGCAAUAAAAGAUUCUCAAAAUGUGGAAUUCAUAUGCAAUGUUCUUGUUGUAGCAGACCAGCUUCUUAUAUCCAGGCUCAAAGAGAUAUGUGAAGUAGCCAUUGCAGAAAAACUUACUUUAAAGAAUGCUGCUGAGCUGCUGGAGUUCUCAGCAACAUAUAAUGCUGAACAGUUAAAACUGUCCUGCCUGCAGUUCAUAGGACUCAAUAUGGCAGCGUUGCUUGAAACAAGGACUCUGGAUGUCUUAAGUGAUGAAGUUGUAAAGGAUCUUUCUGUUUAUUACAGGAAAAUGAUUCCAGCUAUGGUCAGGAGAGUAAUUACGCCAUAUCCAGAUGGACCUGACUUAAGUUGUUUUGAGCCUGAAGAGGGAGAGAACUUUGUUUUUAUAAGGGAAGAAAUGAAUACAGAACAGAAUUCUCAGGAAGCUCUUUUCAAAAGGGCAAAAACUAAAGCAAAAAAGAAGCCACGGAAACGCUCUGACAGCUCUGGUGGAUAUAAUCUCUCAGACGUUAUUCAGAGUCCAGCCUCUACAGGCUCCAUAAAACUGGAUAAAACUAACUCUGUAGAAUCACUUCCAGAACUCCUAACAUCUGACUCUGAAGGUAGUUACGCAGGAGUGAGUAGCCCCAGAGACUUGCAGUCCCCUGACUUCACAAAAGUUUUUCAUCCAGAGAGGACUGAGAUGAAAGAUAAAGCAUGUAGUCUGGUUAUGAAAGCCUCUCAACAGAACAAGGAGAUGAAGUCAUACAAGGGAUCAUCAGCACUGACACAGUCUGUUCCACAGUCCAUUCCCAGUACCAAAAACAACUCUGCAACUUCUCCCAAUUGGGUAGCGACCAGUUUCAGUCCUGCCAGCCCUCCUGCUAUGGAUCUAAGAACUAUCAUGGAAAUUGAAGAAAAUAUGCAGAAAUGUGGAACCAUGCCAAAGACAAAUUCGAGCAGAGUGUCUUCUCAUGGAAUUAAACUUUCUCAGAAGCAAAGGAAAAUGAUUGCACUGGCAGCAAAAGAUAAUGGGUCAGUAACUACCAGCACAGAGCCUACUCCACUAGUAACCAUACCACCCACACCUACGAAAGUCGCGAAGCUAGGAAAUGCAUGGUCAUCUUCAUUGCAUUCUGCUAUGCCGAAGUCAUUCCGUGAUCUUGUAAUGGAGGAAGAAAAAUAUAUGAGUGCAAAUAGUUUGCCUGGUACUGGUGUCAAGAGGGCUGGAUAUAAAGGAGCUGAGGAUUCACUAGUCCUAAGCACCACAAGAUGCGCGGCUCGAAGUAGCCCAGGUCUGGAAGGCCAUGGUUUGGAUUCUCCUCAGCUGGAGAGCCAUAAUCCUUGGUUGGCAACAUCACCAACUAACUCUCCUGUCAUGGCGCCUGUCAUGUUUGCAUCUAUUGUUGAGGAAGAGCGCCAGCAAGAAGCUGCUCUUAUUAGGAGCAGAGAAAAACCCUUGGCUUUGAUCCAGAUUGAGGAGUGUGCUAUUCAAGAUUUGUUAAUCCACUAUGAAGCUUUUGACAACCCUGAUGAAUUUGUGACAGUUGAAAGGGCUCCACAGGGACCUAUGGCAACACCUAUGUGGAACAAGCACUAAUUCGUACUGUUAACAGCCCAUACUAUACAUGCACUUCUGAAAUCCUUAUUAUAAGCAGAAUGAGACUGGUAAAACACAAAUCAUGUAACUUUUAACAUCGGCAUUAAAAAUUGCACAUAAUCAGUAGGUAUUUGGUAGAGAUAAUGGAAGUAAUUUGUUCACUGUGUCUUUCACCCACAGUAUAUAUUGUAUGUAUGUUUUGAGAGAAUUUCUUUAACAAGCCCUAUUUAAUUAGUAGUGUCACAUGAAGCUGUAGAUUGGAAAUGCAUUUGCUAAUUUAAAUCGUAAAGGUUUUUUGUUAAAUUUACAGGUGGCUGAAAAGCGAGUGCUUAUGUUGUGAUUUAAUGUGGAAUUGAUUGUGCAGAAUUAUACAUCUUUAAAGUUUAUCUGGGGGGUUAUGUUCUUCAGAGCUUUCUGGCAAAUUGGGAAUAUAGCAAAAAGUUCGUGCUUGAACUUGUUGUAAAAGUACAGUUUGAUAAUGCAGUUUUCCUUAACUUACGUAAGUACGUACUGGUUUUCUGAUUGCUGUGACCAGUACUUUUUACUGUCAUGCUCCACAAUGAACCUCUAUGCUGUACCUAAGUGCCCAACAAUGCCUGCUCUCAGUUUGGUUAUGCAUGUUCUUUUCACUGUUGUGUGACUGGCCUUUGAACAGUCAGUUCCAUUGUGAAGUACACAGUUGAAUAUAACAUGGUGGCACUUAAUUCGCUUAUCUAUAGUCUUGUUCUGGUGAAUAUGGUACGGUUUUAGAACCACGGUGUUUAAGGUACAACUCACUUGAAGUGCUGAGGAAAUGCAAGAUCUGUACGUUCAUUUUUAAAGCUAUGGGGAUGAGUGCUUGAUUGUGGAAUUUGCAAAUGCCUAACCUGCAAAGGUUAUCAUAGGUGGCUUUGAGUAUUGUGAUUUCUGAAGUUCUCUGUGCCUGGUUUAAAAAAUUCAUAUAUGUACGUAAAAGAAAAGAAAAAAGGAUAGCCUUAUCUACAAUAUUCUGUUUAGUUUGUCUGUUUGUAUAGGUGUGUUUCAAAUUCUGCUUUUUCAGUAGUGUCAAUACUCACCGACUCUGGAGAACUGGAAUUGAGAGAGCUGCAGAUGAUGAAUGUAGAGAAUUGAUCACUGUGUGAUAAGAGUUGAGCCUUGAAAAAAGCUGUGUAGAUAUGUCUCAUGGUUUCAGGUUAAGCUACACCAAAAAAUCCUCCACAAAAGUUGUAAACAAAUGCAAUAAACCAUAAAAUCUUGAUUUACACGAAGUUAGUAUACUUCUACAUGCUGUUUAUAUGCAGUCAAUACUUUAGGUAACUACUGAGUAAUGUGAAAGUAUUUGUUCUAUGUAUGAAAAAUCUGUAGGCAUUUUGGAGCUAUACAGAAAAAGGAAGAUAAAGAUUUCAAUUAUAUUUUAAAUUCUAUUGGUGAUUCACUCAAUAUACUGAUGAGGAUCAUUUCAUUAAGUGCAAUGCAGGGCCUUAGUGUCUGCUAAAAGUAGACUUUGAGUUUGAAAGAAAGCUUAUGUAUUUUGAGAAACAGCUAUAAAAACACUGGGCUUUUCCAAGCCUGAACCCAGUUUGUUAAAUCACUUGGAAGUUGCUAAUUUGCAUUUCAAUUCUUUUCUUCAGAAUUGUUUAGAAUAUGUUGUUUUAAAUGUUAUUCUUCAGUUGUUAUCAGAGAAUUCCUGUUCCCAUGGUGCUGAUGAGCUUGACUGCUUUUAAAGUCUGGGUUUAUUGCAGCAGUUUGGUUAUUCAUUGUCACCAAUUCUAUGUAAUAUUCACAAACAAAUUGAAGAAUUAUCAGUGUACCACUUUUUUGAAACUGAAAACAGAACUAGUGUUACAGAAAGCUGAGUAAGCUUAGAUUCUAUCUUUAUUUCCUUAAAAGUUUGAAUUUAAGAGUGUAAAAUGUCUGAAACAUUGUUAAAAAUGUCAAAGUCUAGUGGAAACAAACAGUAUUUUCUAACUCGCUCUAUAUGCUUUUGCACACAUGAAAACCCAAACAAAAAUACAGAACAAGACAAUUGCAUCAUCAAAUGUAAAUAUAUUUUCUGUCGAAGUGGUAGGACUUGAAAUUUUCUUCAGUUGCAUACUUCGCUUUGAUUUAAAACAGUAUCGCUUCCUGAGAUUAAUGUGAUGUCAGUCUUAACUGCGUCAUCAUCGAGACUGAAAUAAACCUCUGAAGAUUACUUA